CAACACUUUCUCUCUCCGACCGAUGUUGGGCUAUCGCCGCUGCUUGCUCAUUGUCGAGAACGACUGUUUUUGUUCUUUUCGAAUGAGCCCGACGACGUUCGUGUUGUCUUGAUUGACAGCCUCCAAAAGAUAUCCAACCCAGUGUCCACGAUUGAUCGUGGCCCUUUCCCCGCUUUCUAGUACGACCCCCGGCCACUUACAGGCCUUGGCAAAAACCUGGAGAUUUUGUUCAUUAUAGUGCUGGUUGAAGGAAAGCCAGACUGGUCCCCGAAAUAAUUUGGGGGAAGUAUCGAACAGACUUCUUCUGUAGGGGUCUUCUUGUCAUUCGACUUGAAAAAAUCCAUUGCUGGGCGGAAAAUCGACAAUAGCAAACAUGGCAAUCAAGGGAUAUACCGUUGUGCGUCGGAAGUGGAAGUCCAGGAAACCCAUUUGGGCCCUGAUGGUAGCCGAGCUGGUCACCAUGAUUCCACUGCUCGUCCUCUUUGGCAUUGCCCAACCCGAUACCUUCCGAACGCUUAUGUGGAGAAUUGGCUAUGCUGAGAAGCUCAACUCGAACCCCAACGUCGUCCUAUACGCCCUGGCAAACCAUGAGCCGAUUCCCAGACUCCCAUUCGUUUGGUCGCAAUUACUCACCGAGUUCAACGUGGUCAUCUCGGUCAUUUCACUCUUCUUCCUACUGGCGAAGAUGAUCGGUUUCAUCAUGAGAAUUUACUACCCGGUCGUUGCGAUUGUUUGCAACGUCAUUAUGACGGCCUUCUAUGCGGUUAGUGUCUACGGACAGGCUGGUCCCGACUACCUUGACCCGAGAUACCCGAGCCCGACGCCUUGGUAUCUCAGGAGGAGUUGCGCCGUGGCAGAGGGAUACGGCGCUGGCAAAACCUGCAUGGUCAUACAGGGGACAUUUGCUGCUACUGUCAUAAUGCUCUUCAUUUACGUGAUAAACCUCGGAUGGGCAAUUUUCAACAUGAUACCCACAAAACACGACAAGCAACACGAUGAAGACGAAGACGAAAACGAGUACGCGUCUAGCGAUUCUCCCACUGAGGUGAAGACAUGGGAGAUGCAGCCACAGACGCCCAGUGCAGGUGGUGUACCAUUCACCCCUAGGACGCAGGCUUUCCAAACCUUGGACAGAAAAUUACCGUUCAGGGCCUAUGCCGAACAGAGAUAGUAGUAUGCUUGAGUAACGAUUAUGGGUUUUGUUUGGCUUUGCGGCAUCGGAAACAGGUCCGAUGAAUUGUACCUUAUUGAGGAUAUCGGCGGUGUACUAAGCUCACGAAGGCCGAAAUGGAUAUUUGUUUCUUUUCGAAAUGUUGGUAUGGGUUGUUAUGGAAUCUUCCGAACAACCCCCCUUUCUUUCCUUGGGAUCUGGUACUCUCACCAUAUACUAUUUAUUAUACCAUGUCUAUGAGUAUCGAAUUCGGAUGGAGACAUCGAAACGAUAUCGGCGUUUUGGAUGGGGCUUUAAUUCAUAUCUUAUAAUUGCAC